AAGCAAUUGAACGGUCAAUAGCUGUACCUGUCCCUUUUCAAGUCAAAGUAAAUUGUGGCGCUCCGGCGAUGACGACUGUGGCUGUGGCGGUGAAGAGCUCCGACGGGAGGGGCAGCCAGCGGGCCCUGCGCUGGGCUAUGGAGAAUUUGAUGCACACAUCCGAUCGUUUGCUUCUCGUUCGCGUCAUGCCCACCAUCACUUGCGUUCCCUCUCCCUCAGGUGGUAGUGUACCCGUAACCGAGCUAGAUGAAAGUGUGGUAGAAAUGUAUACUAAUGAUAUGCAGGCAAAAUCUGAGGAAAAUCUUUCGACUUUUAAGUAUCUAUAUAGGACACAGAAGAUUGGGACCUUGUUACUGGAAGGAGACAAUCCUGCGUCUGCUCUUCUAAGGUAUAUAUCUGAUUCAGGAGCAACAAGUUUAGUGCUGGGCUCCUCCUCCUCCAAUUACUUUUCUAGGGCACCCAAGGAUUCUGAGGUGCCAUCAGUAGUUCUCAAACAUGCUCCUGAUACGUGCAAAAUCUAUGUAGUCUCAGCAAAUAAAAUCAUAUCGAAUUCUUUGAAUCCUAUGUCAACCUCCGGGAGGGAUUAUGAUUCUCGUUCAUUCACCUAUUCUUCUCCAUCUUCAGACUCCAAAUAUAAGAACUGCCUUUCAGAUGUUAGUCAUCAUCCUUCUCGUUCACAAAGAACAACAUUCUCUUCUGUGAAUCCUGAUACCUUAAAGGAAACAUCUUAUCAAGCCUCAGAAGAGAGACUCUCAGAUGUGUCAAGAAAGAAAGAAUUCCCUUCAAUAUCUUCUACGCACUCAGAACAGUCAGACAUUCGGGCUGAAAUAGAGCAACUGCGCCUGGAAGUGGAGAAUACUACGACCAUGUAUAAUCAAGCUUGUGAAGACCUGGUCCAUGCACAGAACAGGGUCCACUUGCUUUCUUCUGAAUGUAUUCAGGAAGCACAGAGAGUGAAUGCUGCACAGGAAAGAGAAGUAAACUUAAGGAAAAUUGCUGCUCUAGAGAGAGAGAAAUAUCUGGAAGCUGAGAAGGAGGCUGACGUGGCCAAAAAACUUCUUGCGGAAGAGACAUAUGAAAGGCAGAUGGCAGAACUCAUGAUUCAUAAAGAAUCAUUAGAGAAAAACAGAAUUGUUGAUGCGCUAAUGUUUGGUGAUCUACGUUAUAGAAGGUACACGAGAGAUGACAUACAUAUAGCAACCUGUUCUUUUGAAGAAAAUAAAUUGAUCGGCGAAGGAGCAUAUGGUAAAGUUUACAAGUGCCACCUUGAUCACACCUCAGUUGCUGUUAAAACUCUUCGCCCUGAGGCUUCUGACAGAAAGAAGGAGUUUCUAAAAGAGGUAGAAGUGCUUAGUCAAUUACGCCAUCCUAACAUUGUAUUGUUACUUGGAGCCUGUCCAGAACUUGGCUGUCUUGUUUAUGAGUAUAUGGAGAAUGGAAGUCUGGAAGAUCAUAUCCUGCCCAGGAGGGGCAGGCCCCCUCUUCCUUGGCCUCUUCGGUUUCGGAUAGCAUUUGAGGUUGCUUGUGGACUUGCCUUCCUACACCACACGAAGCCAGAGCCUAUAGUUCAUCGAGAUCUGAAACCUGGAAACAUUUUGCUAGACAAAUACUACGUGAGCAAAAUCGGUGAUGUAGGUUUGGCCAAAUUCAUCUCCGAUCUCGUGCCUGACAAUAUAACUGAGUAUGGGGAGUCUGUUAUAGCAGGCACCCUGUUUUACAUGGAUCCUGAAUACCAAAGAACAGGAACUCUUCGACCAAAAUCCGAUCUGUACUCUUUUGGAGUAAUAGUCCUCCAGUUAUUGGCUGCACGUCAUCCCAAUGGGCUUAUAAUGAAGUUUGAAAAUGCUAUGAGCAGUGGCAAUUUCUCAGAUGUUCUUGAUAAGUCGGUUGCAGAUUGGCCGCUGGCUGAAGCGGUACAACUCAUACAGGUGGCAUUGAACUGCUGCAAACUCAGAUGCAGAGAUCGACCAGACCUUGACACCGAAGUACUGCCCGUUUUGAAAAAACUUGCAGAGUUUGCUGAUGCCAGUAGAUUGACCCAAAUAGACCUCAGACAGCCACCUAAACACUAUUACUGCCCUAUUCUUCAGGAAACAAUGGAAAAUCCCUUCAUAGCAGCUGAUGGUUUCAGCUACGAGCACUACGCAAUAGAGGCAUGGCUUGAUAGGCACGAUGUAUCCCCGGUGACAAAACAAAAACUAGAGCACAAGAUGCUUAUUCCAAACCAUAUGCUGCGCUCAGCCAUCCAAGAAUGGAUUGGAAACAACGGAUAAGACCACCCCAAAUUUCGGAAAUCUCUUGCAUUGUGUUGUUACUGUGAAUGCACCACUCUUCUAGGAUUUGAGUGUGGUGCUGCUUGUUGCCUGUUGGUAGUGUAUUGAUUAUAUAACUGUUAUACAAGUUAUUAAUAAAACAUUCAUUCGAUAGUGUCA